AUGGCUCCAUCGUUCUUCUGUCCUCUUCCGAUGAUCACGGCUGAGCGGCUCGAGGAGCUUUAUACCGUUCACGGCGUUGAUCGGGCUGUCGUAGUUGAUUUGGCUUCCACGACUGAGUCUCCGGAAGCCGUUUGUGAUGGAUACGGCGGAGCAUAUCUCACCUUCUUUGGGACCUGCGGUCUUUCCUUCCCGAUCCCGAAACCUGUCCUUAGUGUUCUAGUGGAGCUGGGUUUGUCGCUCACUCAGAUGUGUCCCAACUUCUUGAGGCAUCUUUUGGCACUUUUAGUCAAGGCUCGCGAAGAAGGUCUGCUGUUCGGCCUCGACGAGCUUCGUCAUCUCGGUAUCCCAUAUCGCGAUCAGAACUGGCGGGAAGAGUUCUUUGUCUUCAAGAUCGACGAGGCGUAUGUGGGAGGUUUUGAUUUCUCGAGGCUUCCUCGCUAUUGGGCUGAGGACAUAGUUCAUUCGGGGAGAUCGGACAUGACCGACGGGCAUCGGGGUUUAAUAGGAGUUCCACCUUCUCGAUGCUGGACGGAGGUCGCGGGUGCUUCCGAGGAUGAGGCGGAGCAUUCUCAGGAGGAGGUGGGAGACUCUUCUAACAAUCCUCCUCCUCCUGAUAGGUUGGAGAGGCAGCUCGCGAGGAGGUUGUCGUUUCCUAGUUCUAAGUCGGCGUCGACGAGCAAAGCUGCUAGUGGGCUGCCUCCAAUUCCAACUCUGGAUUUGGAGGAUGAGGGUUCCCCCGAAGGUCGGAGAUAUCCUGUUCCUUUGGAUCCUGGUUUUCAGGGAAAUUCAGCUGCUGCCAGCCGUAAACGGCGUCGCCCGUCAAAGGCCGAAGGAGCUGCCUCGUUCCAAGAUGAUCUUGUUUCGAUUGCUCGUCGUACGAGGCCUGCGGGUUGUCGUUCCCUGUCUCUUGCUUCUCCUGAAGAGGAGGGAGCUUACGCCAAGGUGGUCAUCGCGAGCUCUAAGGUUAUGGAAGCUUACAAUGAGUUUGCUGUGACGAUGGAGGAUCGCAUGCUUACUCUUCGCAAUGAGAGUCAGGCAGUGAAAGGAAGAGUUGAGGUCCGGAGGCUUACGGAGGAGCUUCGGGCGGCCAAGGAGGAGACCAGGAAGAAAACUGGAGAAGCGAUGAUUUUGAAGGAUGAGUGGGAGAAAACUCAUCGAGAAAGGGCGGUUUUCGAGACCGAGGUUGCUACCCUCAGAACCAAGAUCGCGGAACUCGAGGCUGAUCGUGAUCGGGACAUCCGUAGAGGUUCUCGCGCUUCUCGUCUUGAAGACGCUAGCGGCUUCAGAGAGGUUCUUGCCUCCUUGGAGAAGAGGUGGGUCGACAAAAAGAAGGAGGUGUCUGCCGAGGUUCUUGCCUUCUUGCUUCAUGAGAUCGUCACCAAUCUUGAUUUACUGAACGAGAUCAAGAACGAAGGGCUAGUGGUGGAAGAAGAGAUCGUUCGUCUGAAGGUAAUGGAGAAGGAUUGCGAAGCUAUCGCUAGCCUGGCCAUCGUUCCGGAUUGGUCGAUGGUGGGUCUCGAUCUUCCUCAAGUUUCUGAAGACUCGGUCGUCAACGGCGACGCUGCGGACUCUUCUUCCGGCGAAGGAGCUAGUUCUUAG